AUGUCUGAACAUAAACACUUGCCUAAUGCUAGCCAUGUAGAAGUAGUUAAAGCUAUUAUUAAAGUUAAAAAACGUGCCUCUCAAAGUAAAGAAAAGCUCGUACAACUAAUUCAAAAUUAUAUGGCUACCCUUUCAGAAGAUGUUAAACCUUUUUUGCCAUCACACAAUGCUCUUCGUAAAACAGUUGAGGUAGCAGGACAAAUUACAUCAAAAUCAUUGUUAUAUGUAUAUUUACCAGCACCUGAAUUAGGAGAAUAUGGAACUGCUGAAGUAGGGAUAAUACUAAAUGAUAAUUUAAAAGUUGGAAAUUUAACCAUUAGCUCUUAA